AUGGCGGCGUUAUUUAAAGGGACUCGGAGCUUGUUACAAAGAUGCAACCAAAAACAAGGCGACCUGACGAUGGUCUGCAGGACGAUGGCAUCUAAGACCCCCGUGGGUUUUAUCGGGCUGGGGAACAUGGGAACACCGAUGGCUCAGAACCUGCUGAAGAGCGGCUACCCCAUCAUCGCCACUGACCUCUUUCCCGAAUCCGGCAAGGAGCUGCAGGACCUGGGAGCGCAGAUCCUGGACUCCCCGGCAGACGUGGCAGACAAGGCUGAUCGCAUCAUCACCAUGCUCCCCUCCAGCCCCAACGUGAUUGAGGCCUACACCGGCCCCAACGGCAUUCUCAAGAAGGUGAAGAAAGGCACUCUCCUCAUUGACUCCAGCACCAUCGAUCCCUCUGUUGCCAAGGAGAUGGCAGUGGCGUCAGAGAAAAUGGGGGCAGUGUUUAUGGAUGCGCCGGUAUCAGGGGGUGUGGGCGCAGCCAGUCUGGCAAAGCUCACCUUCAUGGUGGGGGGGGUCGAGCAGGAGUUCACUGCUGCCAAGGAACUUCUGGGCUGCAUGGGGGCCAACGUGGUGUACUGCGGCCAAGUCGGAACAGGACAGGCAGCAAAGAUCUGCAACAACAUGCUUCUGGCAAUCGGCAUGAUCGGCACCGCAGAGACCAUGAACCUGGGGAUCAGGCUGGGGCUGGACCCUGCGCUCCUGACGCAGAUCCUCAACAUGAGCUCAGGCCGCUGCUGGUCCAGCGACUCCUACAACCCUGUUCCCGGGGUGAUGGAGGGCGUCCCGUCCGCAAACAACUACCUGGGAGGCUUCGGCACCACGCUGAUGGCAAAGGAUCUGGGUCUGGCUCAGAGUACUGCGACCAGCACAAAGACAGCCAUCCCGCUGGGCUCGCUGGCGCACCAGAUCUACCGCCUGAUGUGCGGCCGCGGCUACGCCAACAAGGACUUCUCCUCCGUCUUCCAGUUCCUGCGUGAGGAGGAGGUCCAGUAGGGAGCGCCCGCCCCGCCCAGCCCCCAGCGCGGGGCUGCAGCAGGCGGCUGAGGUGACGGAGGUGUUCCUGACCUUCUCAGUGCUCUCUCUGUGUCCUUGCAGCCCAUUUUGUGCUGAUGAUGAUGGUGGUGGUGGUGUUGAAGACUCCCGUGUAGCUCAGCAGACUUGUGUACCUGGCUCUGUGGCGGCUGAUGCCAUUUCCUGUGUGCCAUUUCCUCCUCCUGUGUGUUCAGGCCCUCUGUUCCCCUGCUUUUGCCGCACGCUGUGUAUGUUUGCGACUGAAGCGGAGUCUUACAGGAGCAGUAUUUGUGUUUGUGCUUGUACCUGGCCGCACCAUCUCUUGACCACACAGUCUCCUGGCUGCCUUACCCUCAGCCCCGCUUCACCCUUCCUCUUCCAUUCCUCGCUUCUCAUUCUGUCUUCCCUUUACCUCCCCAUCUCUCCGUUUCUCCGUCUCUCUCUCUCUGUCUGUCGCUUGCUGUUUCUCUUUCCUUCU